AUGGGCCAUACUUCCGACUCGGAACCUGCAAAACGAAAGCGUGAUGUCGAUGAUGCCGGUGGUCAAGGUCGCGCUCAGCACGCACCUACAUCUCUUCAGCAAGGCGUUCCCGGUUACAUCCACUAUCUCCCGAGAUCAAAUGCAUCGCAUUUGAGCCUCGUACAGGGUGACGCAGACACAUUUGCCGACAUCAUCGGUCUGAUUGGCGAAUAUGAGACCGUGUUGGACAGACAUGAGAGUCUUGCAGCAAGUCUUGGGGCUAAACUUACCGGCCCAAGACUUUUGAGAGGCAUUGAGAAGUUUUUCGACGGGCCAAUCAAAACGACACCGCUUCAGCCAUUCUCCAACCCUAUAAGUUGGCUGGAUGUAGUCAGUUUUGCGAGAUCAAACCCAAAGGAUUUUACCCUCGUUCAAAAGGCGGAUGGCACCCGAUGCUGCCAAUUUGUUCUCAAAGGCUCACAGGUGGAGAUUAUGGAGGACGAUUGGCGUCUGGUAUGGUCUGGCGCUUUGGAUCGGUUCCCCCUUGAUCACCCCCUCGAAGAGGAUGAGACGGCAGAACUGGCGACUUUGGAUAUUCUCGAACAAAGAACAUCAAUUCUGUACAAGAAGGCUGACGAAGUAGCGGCGAGAGCUCGUAUACUCAACCAUCGGCUGGGGCAGAGGAAGCAGGAUAUUCGUCGACGCAGGAGCACACAGGACACACCGCCGUCACGAUAUCAGCCCACUAACAGUACCGGCAGUAGCAGUUCACAUCGAACGGCCAAUUUCAGCGCCGGCUAUGAUUUACAUGCAGAUUUGCUGCAGCAGUUUCUCGCAGCCUCAGCUUCACCGCCACCAUCUCGGUCAACUUCAGUUACAGGAAUUCCUAUAACCACUUUGAGUCAACCAUCUCCUUCGCACAGCGUAACCCACUCUCAAGCGCACGGCCCAAGAUACAGUGGCCACGCAGCAGAGACAACAGUGCAGCCUGUGAUGGACAGCCGCGAAACAGCUUUCCGGUCUCUGAUUACACAAAGGACUGACCAGCUGGGCAAGGGGGAUCAUGCUCAGGAUGUACGAAAAAGCAUGCAAAAUGCAGUUGGAAAACAGUCACAGAUGAUGAGUUUCGACAACUCAAGCGAGACAUGGGUCUCAGGGAUGAAAUGGAUAUUGAUGGGCACUCAGACAGUGGACGAGUUCCUGACACAUUGGACCCCAAAGACGGGCAUUCAAGUCGACUUGGAGAGAGGCAAGAAGCAGGCAGAACGUCUGGGGAUAGAACACCGGGAGCAUACGUACAAUGGAGCCGUCGACUGCGUCGAUGCAUCGAUUCGAUCUAAGUGCAGAACGACAUCGGCUCCCUUUUGGUAUGGGGCAAUCAGCCCGGUCGGAUCACGGCAACCAUUCGGUCGAGACUUUAGGACCUGGAUCAAAUGCCACGGGGUUGGCGAGUUCGCUGGUAGCACCUUCGAACAUCAGAAUAGCCCCGUUGGCGUUUUACGCAUGAAAGUACCUUGCCGACUUGUCAGAGUCAACACAUGGAAAUGGUUUGACAAGGAAGAAUAG